GCCCUACCAAUAACUCAAAAAUAGUUGAAAGGGUAUAGCCCAUCUAUCUAUCUACUCCGUAUAUUCAAACUUCAAAGCAAAAAGAAUUCAGCCUCAUUACUCCGUAGUAUUGCUAAGCCGCAGACCAGACGGAGAGGUAGAGGACGUGGCUCCCCGGCGACAAUGGAAAAGUAUCGACUUCAGCUCAAAAUUUGAAAGCAGGAGUACGCUAUGCCGGUCGGUUUCUCAAUGGUUUUUUUCAACCCUCAAUUCCAGAUGCCCGCUGCUUCAAUCGAGGAUGCCGGGAGAUAUCUGCGCGUCGUUGUUCGAAUCAUUCAUCGAAUUUUUCUAGCAAGAUUUUGAUCCGGGCUACACCAUAAAUGGCAAACGGGCUAGGUUGAAGCAGCUAGGCAGAUCGAAAUACAUGACACUAUUUUGAAACCAAACAAGCAAGAUUUUGGCUUUCCUUCACUUGGAAGGGGAGUUGUUUAUGACUGAAGGUAAUGUUGUCAUUGUUAUGUCAUGAAAACUAUUAAUGGACAGUAUAAUGUACACAUAUUGAUAAACAACACAAAUUAACUUGAAUCUGGCGUAUAUGUGUUGUUUGCUGAUAAUAUUGCUUUGCCAUUCAUUAUUGUUUUUGAUAUGGAACAAGAUGCAUCUAUUGCAAUUUCUUUUGAUGAUAUUCUUGAAGGACAAAUAGUUCAUUGAAGGAAAGAACAUUACGUGAAUUUGAAAAAUGUAUCCUGUUGGAAAGAACAAUACUAAAUUCUAGCCAUUAACCCACUGCUCAUCUAUUGAUGGAAAGAACAUUAUGCGAAUCCAUUUGGUGGAAACACAUUAUUAUCCAUAAAUACAUAUAUGUUGUUUUGUCUUAUGAUCAUCAUCUUCCUGCCAAUGCAACUAUAAACACCCCUCUUCAUCUUUUUAAUACGACAGUUGCAAUCCUAGAGACUCUGGAUGGAGUAGAAUACUGUGUAGCAAAUCAAGGGUGAGAGAAAUACGAAGAUCUAGAUCAAAGUUCAUGUUAAAUUUGUGUUCUUCUAAUUGUUUUUAUGUUUAAAAAUCGUUUAGCAUUUAAUUCAUGCAUAAUGCUCUAUAGACCGCUAGGGAAAAUACAGAGGUACAAAAAGCAGGCUAAAAUUUAAAAUUACUUAAACUAUUUACUUUUCUUUUCAUAUGGCCCGAUUUGUACUGUCAAAAAGAAUUCAGCCUCAUUUUAGCAUAUGGGCUAAAAUACAGAGGUACGAAAAAAUCCUUUAUAUAAAAUUUCUUAAACCAUAUAGACCGAUUUUAUCUUGGUGUUAUUAAACCCCAUCUGCAAAAAUCCUCUAUGUUCAUUCCACUCCCUAUAAACUUAAGCAUGUUGUGAUGAUAGGUUAUUUUUACUUUACAACUGAGCAGAUGUGGUGGUAGCUAAUAAUUGUACACAAUUUCUAAAUUGGACAUGAUACUUGCAUAAUUUGUUGCUUCCCUGUCUGCAAUAAUUUGGCAUUGAGCCAUUGAAAGAACACUAAGCACUUUGCUAGAGGUAAAUAAGGCAAUUCACGCAAUAUAUAACUUAUUCUUGUUUUGUACUUCUAUUUAUAUUUCACUAACUAUACGUAUUACAUCUCACAAGAAUAAACACGGUUUCGGAGAAGCAGGUAUGAGGACUUUCCCGGUCAAUCCAGAGACCGUGGAAAUCCUGGAUGAAGAUGAGCCCCAAGACAACCGGUCUAAGGGGAAGGAGAAGGAGAAGGCCGGUCGCCGGGUGAAGAAGGUGGCCACCACGCACCCUUCCUAUGCCAGGAAGAGGGCAAGGUCAGACCCUGAGCCGGCCUCCCAGACCAUUGAAGAGGCUUUUGUCAACCUGGGCCUGAGGCUGAAGGAGAAAGGGGAAAUCGGGCCCCAUGCAGUUGAACAGCUGGGGAUGGGAUCUCCUUCGGAGAUUGCCCGGCUAAGGAAGGAAAAAGAGGAGAUGAACCUGAUUUUGAAGAAUCAGGCAGAUGAGCUGAUCCGUCUGUCUAGUAUGGCCGGGACAAUGAAGGCGGAGAUCUACCAGCUGAAGGAGGAGAACGGCCGGCUUAUGGAUGAAGUUUCUGAGGCCAAGAGGGAAAUGGAGGAGAAGGAAGAAACCUUCUCCGGCCGUGCAGCCGCCUGGGUUGAAGAGAACAAAGCUGAUGCUGCCCGGGUGAUGACGGCGACGCCAGAGGUGACCAUGGAAUCCUUCAAGUUCCUAUACCGGGAACCUGAAGGGAGAAAAAUGAUCACUUCCAUCGGAUCCUUUGGGUUCAAGAGUGGUCAGAAAAAGGACCGGAUUGCCUCUCACCGGGUACUACUCAAAAGAGACCCGGGCUUCAGUGCUGCAUCCUACGGCUUGGCUCCCAUUCCUGAGGAAGAGCCCACUCCCCCUUUCCCUCUUGAGUAAAACUCCCCGGCUCGGACCGGUUGUUUUGUAAACUGGAAACUUCCUUCAUUUCCCCGGGAAUGCCCGGUGUAGCUGUAAAACACUUAACAUUCCU